AUGGCCAGCUACGGUGCGCGGCAGGAUGAUUUGCUGUCAUUUUUGCCUGAUCAGGAUGAUCUGUUGGCCAACCGGCUCGGGACCGUGAUCGGUGCGUUCGGGAACACCCUGUCCCAGCUCCUGUUCGGCUCGAAUGACGUCAGCACGGACGUGACGUUCUGGUGUGCGACCAUCAAUCAACCGGAGUACGUCCAGACGUACGUGGACGACCCGCUGCUGGCGCAGAAGUUGGACCCUUCGAAACCGAUCCUCCUGCUGGCGCACGGCUGGACCGACAACGUUAACCGGACCUGGGUGAAGCAGACCGUCGCCGACUACAUCCGGCUGAUCGGUGGCAACAUCUGUGCGGUCGACUGGAGCCCACUGGCGCUGGUCGAGUACAAUCUGGCGGCGCGCAACACACCGAAGGUGGGCCGCUACCUGGGCAAGUUCGUCCAGUCGUUGCUGGGGCGGGGCUUCAACAUCAACCAGGUGACGCUGGUAGGGCACAGUAUGGGGGCACACAUUGCCGGCAUCGCGGGCGCCUACCUUGGCGGCCAGGUCCCGAGCGUGAUCGGCUUGGAUCCGGCCGGGCCGGGCUUCACCAAGCCGAUCCCGGUUCCGGUCGACCGGCGGCUCGAUCGCACCGAUGGCCGCUUCGUCCAGGCGAUCCACACCGACAAGAGCAUCAUCGGGACGUCGAUGAACCUGGGCCACGAGGACUACUACGCGAAUAGUGGCGCGAGCCCGCAGCCCGGCUGUGAGUUCCCGCUCGUCAACAACGACACCACCAAAGCAUACCUGCAAUUCAUCUGCAGCCACUUCAAGGCGGUUGAGUACUUCCGGGCAUCGCUGGAUCGCCAGAACGUGUUCGAGGGUACGGCCUGCGCGUCCUACUACAACUACAAGCGCAACGACUGUGGCCCGACCGGCCGGGCCCGGGACGACUUCGGGCUGUUCAACAGCGGGACCGCCACCGGGUCGCUGUUUGUCGCGAUCGACAAAACGGUCUACCCGUACGCCCGGACAGCCUCACGGAGUGCCGGCAAAUAA